GUGGGCGCCAUUUUUAAUACACCAGAAGCUAGUUAGCGUUAGCUGUUUACAAGCCCAAACUUUUCACUUGAGACGGAAACCUAAAGCAAGCCCCCAUCCUGACUGAACAUGAAUGUCAUAGAUCAUGUGCGAGAUAUGUCUGCCGCUGGCCUUCACUCUAAUGUCCGGAUAAUGAGCAGUUUGUUGCUGACGAUGAGCAAUAACAAUCCGGAGCUGUUCUCACCGGCCCAGAAGUACCAGUUGUUGGUUUACCACGCUGAUGCCAUCUUCCAUGAUAAGGAAUACCGUAAUGCUGCGUGCAAAUACAGUAUGGCGCUGCAACAGAAGAAGGUGCUCAGCAAAACUUCCAAAGUUCGCACUUCAACUGGUGGAGCAGCAUCGAACCUACAGGCACAGAGUUUGCCGUCAGAAAUUGAGGUAAAGUACAAGAUAGCUGAAUGUUACACCAUCUUGAAACUGGACAAAGAUGCCAUUGCAGUGCUUGAUGGGAUUCCAUCCAGACAGAGGACUCCAAAGAUCAACAUGAUGUUAGCCAACCUGUACAGGAAAGCUGGUCAGGAGCGUUCUGCUGUGACAAGCUACAAAGAGGUUCUCCGACAGUGUCCACUUGCCCUGGAUGCAAUCAUCGGUCUCCUCUCUCUGUCGGUCAAAGGAGCUGAAGUGGCGUCCAUGACUAUGGAUGUGAUCCAGAGUAUCCCGAACCUGGACUGGCUCUCUGUCUGGAUCAAAGCUUAUGCCUUCAUACAUGCGGGGGACAAUCAAAGGGCCAUCAACACCAUUUGCUCUCUGGAGAAGAAGUCUCUCCUGCGGGACAAUGUGGACCUCCUGGUGAGCCUGGCAGAUGUCUACUUCAGGGCAGGGGACACCAAAAACGCCAUCCUCAAAUUUGAACAAGCCCAGAUGCUGGAUCCAUACCUCAUCAAAGGAAUGGAUGUUUAUGGCUACCUGAUGGCACGUGAGGGACACUUGGAGGAUGUUGAGGUAUUGGGAGGACGAUUAUUUAAUAUUUCAGACCAGCAUGCUGAACCUUGGGUGAUCUCUGGGUGUCACAGCUUUUACAGCAAGCGAUACUCCAGAGCCCUUUACCUGGGAGCCAAGGCCAUCCAGCUGAACAGCAACAGUGUGCAGGCCCUCCUCCUGAAGGGGGCGGCACUGAGAAACAUGGGUCGCGUUCAAGAAGCCAUAAUCCAUUUCAGAGAGGCCAUGCGUUUGGCACCAUGCCGACUCGACUGCUAUGAAGGUCUAAUCGACUGUUACUUGGCAUCUAAUGGGAUUCGAGAGGCCAUGGGGAUGGCUAAUAACAUCUAUAAGACUCUGGGGGCCAAUGCACAGACUCUGACCAUCCUUGCCACAGUGUGCCUGGAAGACCCUGUGACUCAGGAGAAAGCCAAAACCCUGCUAGACAAAGCACUGGCCCAGAGGCCCGACUACACCAAGGCUGUGGUCAAAAAGGCUGAACUUCUGAGUCGCGAGCAGAAAUAUGAAGAAGGGAUCGCUUUGCUCCGCAAUGCCCUGGCCAAUCAGAGUGAUUGUGUCCUGCACAGAAUGCUGGGAGAUUUUCUGGUGGCUAUUAACGAUUACCAAGAAGCCAUGGAUCAGUACAGCAUAGCGCUAAGCCUGGAUCCCAAUGACCAGAAGUCUUUAGAAGGCAUGCAGAAGAUGGAGAAAGAGGAGAGCCCAACAGACGCCACGGUGGAGCUGGACGGUGACGACAUGGAGGGCAGCGGAGAGGACGGAGACCUGGAGGGCAGUGACAGUGAAGCAGCCCAAUGGGCUGAUCAGGAACAGUGGUUUGGAAUGCAGUGACCCCGGGCCACUGAGGGCUCCUGGGUCAGUACCACCUUCUAACACACUGCAGCCUGUGGAGAGCCUUCAGCCAUCGGGGUUGUCAGACAGGACAAAGGGGGGUGGGGGGCUGUACCAGCGUUGCCAACUUUAGAGACGAUGCGACUUUGGCUGAUGCCCAGGCUUGCAGUGCUGCUGCAGGAAGAACUUCAGUGGGUUUAUGGAAAUGUACCUUAGUGCAGAACUCCAGCCUUUUUUUAAACUGAUGUUGUUUUGCAACAACAGUCAAAGUCUCACCUGCCCCCUCAUUGUUGAGGUGAUUGAGGCUUGUCCAGGACAGUCCUACAGCAGCAGCGCAUACAGUGUAGAACAAGAUGUGUUAUUCAAUAAUGUGGUAACUUACACCAUUAUAAGAUGUUUGAAAAUCUGAUGCUGCUUUUCUUAAUACUAAUUUGUUUCAAUUUGCUGCCAGUCUGUGGUUAUUUUGAUUAAUGGAUCACUGUUCCAGGUAAUGCAAAUGGAGUACAACUUCAAAUUCAACAUGCUCAUUACAAAGUAAGUGUCAGUGUAUUAAAAAAAGAAAAAAACAACCUGCUGAGGAUCAUUUUUUUGCCUGAGUUCUGCAGUGCACAGAUCACAUUCCCAGGCCAGAUGGAUUCUGGGAAAUGUACACUGAAGCAAUUGUUAGAAUUAAGUGGUGUGAAUGGAACUGCAGAAAUCCAAAAAUGUCUGGAGUUGUGCAUGAUGUGACAAAGGAGGGACUGGCAAAGAUUUGUAAUUUGUGUGUUGUUUGAGCCAGACAGACUCACGUUUACCACAUAUCAAAUAUCACAGUAAAGGUUGUGAGUAUGUUGGGACUUUGUGUCUGGCAGGCAAACAGGUGUGUGAUAACAAGACUAUAAACCUUUCUCCUGCUGCUCUUGAAAAUGCACCAUCUUCAUUUUUAUUCCGUCACAUUUAAAGUUGUCAUGUAAUGCUUGUGCUUAUUUUGUGUUUUUUGAGUCUGCCUUUCUGUAUGAAAAAAAACAUAAGUUGGGAAGUGUUACUCAACUAUAUCAAUUUAAUGUGUAUAGUAUUUUGUACAUAUUUUUUAAAAUGUAUAAUAAAAUUAUUAAACACUCA